AUGUCGACCUCGCCAGGUGCUAACUCGUCACUUGCUGUAGUGACCAUGUCGUUCCCCGCAGUAAACUCUCCUGCCGGGCCCUCGUCUGACCCUCUCGCCGCCCCCGUUGAGAACUCAGAGGGAAACGCCAUUGACCUCCGGUCCCUUGGUGCUUCGUCUCCCUUGUCGGUGUCGCAAAACCCACUUGACAUGGAGACCUCCUCCGUCGGAGCCUCGCAGCUUUCUGCCGACCCGUCUCCGUCCCCUCGCUUCGUCAAUCUUGACGCUGAGGAUGCCACCGAGUUGCCAACUGGCCUCGAUGAUGCCCUGCAACCAGUCCUUCCCGAUGAAGUGCGUGGUAUGCUGGCUGCGUUGCAGGAAGAGUGGGUGAGGAUCGGAGGUGAUGUGGACUGGCCCCAAGUUGAUGAUACCUUCCAACUUCGUGCGGUCACGUCCCACAACCAUCAGGUGGCCGUCAUUGGCCAGUGCAUCGGUGUCGCUGCUCCCUCCGGGGAGGAGUGUGCCCGGUGCCGACGCAGUGCUGGCUGCUUUGCUUCUUGCCGAGUCGUAGCUUUCCGUGAAAGCUCGGUCAAGAGCACUGUGGUCAGCCUGGGUUCCUGCAUGUGUUGUCACUUCGCAGGUGUGGCUCGCGCUUGCUCCUUGCGCGUUGAUGCCCCUGCCUGGGCUCUGGACGCGCUUCGUGUGCACUCCCCCGAGUUCCAGUUCCCGGCGGUCACUCCCACUAACAAGUCCCCCACCCAGCCCCCAACCCAGCCCCCGACCCCCUCUACUCCCCCUCGCUCUGCUGCUUCCCGCUUCCUUAGUUCGGUUUCUACCCGCCUGUCUCGCAAACGCCCCCGCAUCUCCCCCUCCGCCGCCGAUGUAUCCCCUUCCCCCCAUGUUGAAUCAAGCGAGGAAGUGUCCGAGGAAGGUGCCCCCAUUACCCCCAAGUGGCGCAGUGUGCUUACCCGUGGACUUUUUGAGGCCUCCCCAGAUGUUAGGUUGCGGAUGGAACGUCGUUUAACGGAGGAGAUAGCUCAGAUGCAGGUUAAUAUUGGUCUUGUACGUCGGGAUUUGCGUGGUUUGGAGUCACUUCGGGGUCAGGAAGCAAUGGAGCGAGCUGUAGUUAGUGGAGAAGUGGAUUCUGUUUGGGCUGAUCAUGUUGACGAUAUCUAG